AUGUCAGUUUGGAACCCAGAUAACAUUCGCGACGUUGCGGAGUCCGUCGGCAUCGUCAAUCUCAGCAACGACGUGACCGAGAACCUCGCGCGCGACGUCGAAUACCGCAUCGCACAGGUCCUCGAAGAGGCUCUCAAGUUCAUGCGACACAGUCGCCGGACGCUGCUUACCACGCAGGAUGUUGCGCAGGCACUGCGGGUCCUGGACGUGGAGCCACUGUAUGGAUAUGAGACCACACGGCCGUUGCGAUUCGGGGAGGCGUCGCUGGGGCCCGGGCAGCCGUUGUUCUACGUCGAGGACGAGGAGGUGGAUUUUGAGAAGUUGAUUAAUGCGCCGUUGCCCAAGGUGCCGAGGGAGAUUUCUUUUACUGCUCAUUGGUUGGCCGUUGAAGGUGUGCAGCCGUCCAUUCCGCAGAAUCCUACCGCUGCCGACUCGAGGAACCUCGAAUUGACCGCCAAGGGGCCCAAUGCCAACUCGACGUUGGCGGCGAUGAGCGGCACUGGGAACGUGGCUGUUAAGCCGCUGGUUAAGCAUGUGCUGUCCAAGGAACUUCAGCUCUACUUCGAGAAAGUCUGCAAUGCUUUUCUGGAUGAGUCGAGCGAAGAGUACCGGACGUCGGGCUAUGCCAGUCUGCGCGAGGAUCCGGGGCUGCAUCAGCUCGUGCCGUACUUUGUACAGUUCAUUUCGGAAAAGGUGACGCACGGGCUCAAGGAUAUUUUUGUGCUGACGCAGGUCAUGCACAUGGCGGAGGCCCUGGUGCAGAACAAGUCGCUAUAUGUGGAUCCUUACAUCGCGUCCCUUGUUCCUCCUAUUCUGACCUGCCUGAUCGGCAGACAGCUCGGUGGCAAUGCAGACUUAUCAGAACAGUUUGCUCUGCGCGACCUCGCCGCUUCUCUCCUCGGCCUCAUCUCCAAGAAAUACUCUCACUCAUCGCAUACACUUACACCUCGACUCGCCCGCUCCUGUCUCAAGACUUUCCUUGAUCCGUCUAAACCAUUCGGAGCGCAUUAUGGUGCGGUCAUUGGCUUGAAUGCCGUCGGUGGCACCGAAGCUGUUCGAGUCUUGAUACUUCCUAAUCUAUCAACUUACGCAACCCUUCUCGCGGACGGCAUGGCAGAAGACAACCCUCGACGACCGGAGGCCGAAAAGGUGCUGGGUGCACUGUUGGCCGUCCUCUCCACCUUGCGGGAGGGCCGUAAAAAUCUGGCCAAUGGGCACGGUGCCGUUGUGACGGACGAGCUCCGCGAGCGACUAAACGCCAAGGUGGGGGAUAUCGUCGCAAGCAGGAUCGCGGAUGCGGGAGAGGUGCAGAUGGCCUAUGCUAUUCUCGAAGCUUGA